GUGCAAUCCCCCUCGUGGGUAUGUGCAAUACCUGAAGUGACUUAACAUCGACAUCAACAUAUCUUCCUCAUCAAAAUGACGACGAUUACGCUCAGAAGCUUCUCAUCCGGGCGCAACGCUUCAAAGAGAACGUACGACGUAGCCAACAGAAGAGAUGGGAAGCGGUUCAAUAUGUGGCCAGAGGUUCAUAAGAGGCGUUCCGUCUCUCUGGACAAUCUUUCUGCGUCUCCUUCACCUCACACCACGCCACUGCUCAACUCUCCAGCGCCGAAAGACGCGGGCCAAUUGCUUCGUCGCCGCUGGCAGCACCUGGAACGCGGCGACUUCGACGAAGGCGACAAGCGCGUGUCCGAAGCCCACUGGGCUAUCGUGACCGCCGUCGUGUCCUCGACGAGCAUCGUCAUCGCCUUCUUCGUGUUCGUGGCGCUCGCGUUCCACACUCGUGCCGACGUGGUCGCGGUUAGGCACCGUGCCGGCAGCCAGCGAGAACAAAGCGACCCCGUGCUCACCGAGCACGUCGCCUAUGGCGGGAACGUCACUGCGCCUGCGCCGCUUGCUGAAUCAUACAGGCUGCGGAUGUAUCCUAAAUUGGUGGUCGUGAGAAACGCAGAGGCGCGGUGCUCGGCAACGGCGGUGACGAGCACGACAUCAGCAAUGCCAUCAAUUACCACGGCGUCUUCCGCAGAAGUUUCGAACUCAAAUUUUUCGCGAACGGACUGCAAGCCACCUGAAUGCGUAUGAAGUGCCGCAGCAAAUGUCCUAGUUUUCUUGCUUAAGAUGUGUCUUCUCACAACCUCGUGUUAAAAUCGUGUUGUGCACAGUGUUACGGCACCAUUAGUUGGUACCACUCUCGCUGUUAUUCGUACCAUUGCAAUAUAGUGUCGAUGACCGACUCCUUCAUUCUGUGGUUCUCCUGUGAAACCAUGACUCGUAGGUGGUUGUUGUGCGUCGAGUAUACGUCGAAGACGUGUACACUAGGUUAGUGCUUAUUUGAAAUUUUGUAAAGGACA